AUGAAAGGACCGAAUCCCGCCAGUAUGGGCUCCUUCGGCAUCUGCUCGCGUUGCAUGAGAGCUAUUCGCCAAAGCGUCCGACACGACAAUUUGGUGUUGGCAAAAUCACCAGCUUCCAGCCGUCGAUAUUUGUCGUUCCAACAAACAGAACCGAGACUCCAGACUCAAAACGCGAAGGCGAGCAUACAAAUCAACGUUCCCACCGCAACUCCCACCAACACGACCAAUUUGAAGGCUGAAGUUCCUGGGGAUGCCCCGAAGGGGGCAGCACCACAAGAGCACACCAAAUCCAAAUCACCCAAGAGAUCAGAACUCCCACCAGGACCCAGCGUCGCACACAUGCAGGCACAGAUACAGCAGUCCCUACAACGCCCGGCGGUGACCAACCCUCUUGCCACUCGAGUAGCUCAGAGCCUGCGCAAGACCGCACAGGGGACGACGCAGACGUACAUCACAUAUGGCGAGACGGAGACUCUUUUCAAAUCCUGUGCAGCACAGGCGGAUUACACUAUACCCGAGGAUCAGCGCAUGGGCAUACUUACAGGGAAGGGGCCUCCCAAGACGGCCGAUGGGGUGGACCUUGGCCACCGGGUGGGAGACACCUGGUGGUUCGACACGAUAGGUCUGCCGCCCACCUUUUCCACCUGGUCCCAGGUCGCAUUCCUCCACAUGUACAUCAUCACGGUGCGGAUGCGUGCAGUCGAUACGAGGUCCGAGUUCCAAGACUAUCAGCGCUAUCUGAUCGAGCACUUCUCCCAUACCGCCGAGGAUAAGAUGGUCCUACUGCACAACAUGUCCGCUCGGGGCGUGCGAAAUAAAUACCUCAAGGAUCUGUUUCUGCAGUGGCGUGGUAUUCUGGCCGCGCACGAUGAGGGUUUGAUCAAGGGUGAUGCUGUACUUGCUGGCGCUGUCUGGCGAAACCUCUUCCGUGGGCAGGAAGAUGUGGAUUGGGAGAAGGUUGCCCUCGUGGUAGCCUUCAUCCGAAGAGCAAUUGCCAAAACAGGGAAUCUGGAUAUAAAGACCAUAGUCAGGGGUGUCGAUGGGCCUGAGGGCAUUUGGGCUCAAAGUCAGCGGCCACUGCAAGAGCUCGUAGGCCACCAGAGUGGACUCCUGAAGGAACCUUUGGCUGAUUGA